AUGUCGGCAGCCAGCGUCGAGUGCCGCAAGCAUAAAGCCAAGUGCAAACAAACUAAAGGUCCUGAAGGAUGCGAUUUGUGCACCUUGGAUCGCCGCAUAUGCCCCUCAUCCUCCCAAGCAGGACAUCAACGAUGGGCAGACGUUUCUUUCAGUGUCAUUGACGUUGAGGAUGAAGAGUAUGCCUCCAUCUUGCUCGUCUAUCAACAAACGCUGAUGAUUGCAGCAUGCGCGCGCCAACACACGACCAUUCUGUCGACGAGGUCGCGGCCACCACUGAGAGGAGGAUCCCGCGUCGGCAUGCGUCUGCUUGUGACAGAUGUCGUACUCGCAAGGUUGGUGAUUCUCCAUGUCACAUGUGCUGUCAUUGAACGUGCUAACCGCGGACGACGACCGUUCUUCCAUAUCCAGGUCAAAUGCAACUGUUCAAGCAACUGCUCGAACUGUUCCACAGCAGGUGUCGAGUGCACGCGUGAUAUCAAGUCACGCCUUCGUGGGCCAUCGAAACGAUACCUCGAAGCUCUGGAGACUAAAUUGACCUACCUGGAAUCUUUUGUUGAUACUCCCAAUGCUAGGCAAACACCCUCCGAGACGAGCACCUCAAGGCGCACAUCCCUUGUCGGCUCCGCCGUUGGGAAAAGGCCACAGACGCAAAACCCGCACAAUACUCCGAAACCCGUAGCUGUUCCAGCCAAGGGUAUCUUCGCUUGUCUGAUUGCUUGGUUGAUGGCGGCGUUUUCACUAUCUGGAACCCAAGCCAUCCAGCGGCCAGGUGCCUUGGAGGGUUUCAUUUCCUCGACUCUGCCAAAAUCCGAUGGGACGUCUGUUUCAAGAACAGAAAAUGGGAGGCGAAAGGGGGGAUUGUCGACAAUCUCAAAGGCCAGUUCAACACCGUCUGAAAAUCAUCAUCAUGUGGAAUGCCAUCGGGCGAAUCCUGUAGAUACAUCGCACUACAACCCUCCAAUUUCCCCUCAGACCCUCUGCGUUCGCGCACAUGACCUCGACGGCAAUCCGGAGUCACCGACACCGCUCUCUCCAGACGCUAUAAUUGAUGCUACACCUCAUGCUCAAUUCAUAUAUGAUGCCGACAUUGUCAGCCAUUCACCUCGCACCGAAACAAUCAAAGCCUAUGCGCCUAGCUCGUCCCAUCCAGUCGAACGUGACUCGCCAGCAGGUCAACGACCACUUUCCAGCGACCCCUCUCCCUCAAUAUCCCUGUAUGCAACACUGGAUGGCCUUGAGUCGCUCCCAAUCACAGGCGACGCGUGGGCCGAUUCUCUUCAGGGUGGCUUCUUCUCAUGCCCGCCUCGUGUAUUGAAUCUUACUGGAAACACACAUCUAUAUCGAUCCAGCAAAAUCUAUGACGGCCCAUAUUCGGCUGUCUAUCGAGGCAUCUACAAGGACGAAUAUGGCGAAGAAGACGUCGCCAUCAAAGUGAUAAAACCAGUUGGCCCUAAGCAUUCUAUACGGCGGAGACGUCGUCGCGAGGUUAUUACUGGGAUAAAAGUUCGGCAUCCAAAUAUUCUUCCCGUCUAUGGGGCCGUGGAAGGUCGAAUGUUUGGACCCUUUGGCGCAAUCGUCACACCGUGGUGCUCAAACGGCAAUGCUGUUCAAUAUCUCCAGAACUACAAGCUCUCGCCACUCGAAAGAUAUCGAUUGUGGCGAGGUGUUGUGGAUGGCCUGGUUCACCUCCAUUCGCAUGAGCCGCAAAUCGUACAUGGAGAUAUGAAACCCCCCAACGUUCUUAUUGCAGAUGACGGACGACCGAUGAUCUGCGACCUUGGUCUUGCGCGACUCAUCGUCGACGGCUCUCAACCCUCAUCGUCUCCCCUCGAGUGCAGGGGUUAUGAACAUUGGGCGUGGAUGGGUGGAAUCAACACUACGAGUGCGCAUACGGGGACGCCGCGGUAUCUUGCCCCCGAGCAGGUCGACCUGAAUCGUCCAUCUCAGCCAACCACGGCUACGGAUGUAUAUGCGGUAGCGUGCAUUGGAUUCGAGUUCAUCUACUUGGUUGUACCUUAUGCUCAUCGAGAGCAUAACCUCCAAGGACAAAUAUUCCACGACAUUCGGACUGGCGUCCCACCCGCGUCUCGACCAGACAUGUCCUCUUCUUUGGCUGAUGAUGCACCCGCGUCAUCCUCUGCCGAUGGCAUCGAUAUUCUUUGGAGUAUUCUAGAGUCGUGCUGGAGUCGUGAGCCACGGUCUCGCCCGACUGCAUUGCUCUUGCGCAAAUGGUUGGUCGAGUACGAGGACAUGAUCGUCGAUGCGCUCGAAUGUGGAGUAUACUAG